AUCAAGUACGCGUGGACAUCUGGGUUGUUCAGCAAACGUCAAUGUGUGUCGCGUUUUUUCACAUUGCACUCUGAAGGGAAAAUCUAAUGUUGAAUUUGUGCAGAAAUUGACAAAAAAUCCACAGCAAUGGCUCACGGCGAAGCGACAAACAAUCUCUACUUCUACGAGGAUGAGGUGUAUCGCAUCGAUCAUCGGGGGCGCGUCAAGUUUGGCCUCAUCAUGGAGAACUUCGAAGGCACACCGUCCGAUUCAGAGGACUAUGCCCUCAACAAGGGUGAGGUCCGAGUCAUCUGGCAUCCAGAGGGCAAGGAGCAGAUCCUCAAUGAGAGCCAGGUUGGUCUGGCCGAUCGGACACUCAUGCCAGGGGAUGUGGUGAGGCGCCUGGUGCCUGGCAAGGAUACACAGCAUGGAUACUGUCAGGAGAUAUCCGUGAGGGCGGAUGUUAAAGUUGUUGGCACGCGGUUCGUCCUCAAGAACGUCAAUGCCGAGCGACUUCGACCUCUGGUUACGGUAUUUCGAGACAAUGCCGUGUGCCUGGACUCCUGGGUGGGCAGUACAAAGUCCGUCCACGAGAAAUUGGUGCUUAGAUCUGCAUGCGGAUCGGUGCUAGAGAUCCGGCCAGAGGCGGAAUAUUGUCCGUUGAAGGAUGCUGAGAGCAAGAGUCGCAAUGGUUUGUUCUCCUCGACUCUGUUCUAUCCGGGACAGGUGCUGACGGGGCCCGUGAGUGCCCUGGACAAUGCCAAGUGGCUGGUGACAUCCCAUGAGAUGCGCACGAGUCGGAAGCACAAGACGUGCGACCGGAAGUUUGUGGUGCAGUCCGUAGAGGUGGAGGGGGUUUGGGUUAAUUGGCAGUGCAAGGCACUGAGUGAAGAGAAUGGGCUUUCGGGGAUUCAGCAGCCAAAGCGCUAUGUAACUGGAGAUGAUCUCAAGCGACUGAAGAGGUUGAAUCUCUUUGAAUCGUGCAUGCUACAGAUCAAUGAUAAGAGUCACUUGAAGAUCGCCGAGGGGGAUGCCAUUGUGAGGAAGUCACAGUGGAAGAGGGAGCAGAGUAAUAAGUACAAGAUCCUCCAGUAUCAGCAACGCAGGGAGGAGGGUGGGAAGGGUGGUGGUGGUGUUGGUGGUGGUGGUAGAGGGCGUGGCGUGGACCAAUGUGAUACUGUAAAAUUAACUACAACAGAAUGUGAUUUAGAUAAUACGACAAACAGCGUUAUUGAAUGUGAUAGAAGCAAAUUGUGCCCAGAGGGUGGAGGACGUGCGAAGGAGAGAAACAAUGAGACUGCCAAUGUGCCACAGAUCGAUGAGUGGCAGACAGACAACGAAGAGACAGACUCACAGUCGGACAGUGAGAGUGUCACUACGAUAUCCUCGUGCUCCAGCAACACGCCCAAGGGCAGUCCUAAGCGAUCACCAUUGUUGGCCAAGAAGCUCAAGCGUUUCCGGAAGCGACGUACAACAUCGGUGUCUGAGGCACAGAUGCCCCAAGUGGGCCAGGAACGUGUCACGGAGGCUCUUGUUGUGUACAGCACGGUGACUGUUGUGUGGCAGGAUGGCACUAUCGAGAGUGGCAUUCCUUCCACACAGCUCUAUCCCAUUCAUUACCUCGAUGAUCAUGAGUUCUUUCCCGGAGACUUUGUGUUGUCCGGGAAUGAGAAUGAUGAGAUUUCGCGAAGGGAUUAUGGGGUUAUUCAGACUGUCGAUCAUUUUGGGCGCACUGCAAGGGUCAAGUGGUUCCGGACGUACACGUGCAUCGAGGAGCCAACGCCAAAGUACAUUGGAGUCUCAGAGGUCAGCGUUUAUGACCUGAAGGAUCAUCCGGACUUUCAGUAUCGUCCAGGAACAAUUGUGAUCCGCGUGGCGAAUUUUGUGGGUGAAGAUGCGUCUUGCACGGCUGGUCAGGUGGUGGAUAAUUAUCCGGAGGGUCGGGUGAAGGUGUGGUGGGUGGAUGGGCAUCAGAGUAUGUGCUGGCCACAGGAUCUCUUCGAAGUCGGUCAGUACGAUACGGGAAAUACGUUCUGGGACAACGAUGACUCGGAUAAUUCGUGGGAGACGGAGAGUGAAGUGAGUGAAUUGGGUGGAUCUCCCUUGAAUGAUGAAAUCACGAAGCCACAGUUGGUGCACAAUCUCGAACGUGCCCGGAUCGCAAUGGCACGACUGGAGGAGCUCUUCAAUAUGAAUUCAGCUCUGCAGAAUCAAUCGGUCAUGCGGAAUCUUCUUGGAGUGUACAAGAAAUGUCGGUACCUGGAUCGUCUCAUGAAGACCAAUUUCUUCCACGAGAACAACUUCAUGGGGCUCCUGGAGAGGGUUCGUAGGGGAAGUUCGACAGCUGAGAGGGUUCAGGAUCAGGUGAAUCGACUUUUCACACCUUCAUCGCCUCCCAAGACUACGAUUGGUGGAGUUGAUCUGCUAAGUCCGGCGCCGAGGGAUGAUCUGCCACAGGUUCCGGGAGGCAAGAAAAAUUCCCUGGAAGCCACAAAAUCACAAUCUCACAGUCAUGACGAUUGCAGCAGCUUCAGUUCGGGAAGUUGUCAAUCCACUGAGCCCAAGAGUAAAUCCACAGGAUCAUCCGGAGUGGAUACCAGGGGAGCUUCCUGUUCUCCGCUGAAGAAUGCCAAUCACCUGUACUACUCGGCGGAAAACUGGAGCAUCGCUGAGCAUGACUAUCACACGAAACUGAUCUCCUGCGUGGUCACGAAUAUCGAUAUGGCGGCGCAGAAUCAGAAACUCUCUGCCAGUCACAGUGGAAGAAUCACAGAAUUCCACGAUUCCGGACACUUUUCCCGGACAGAAAGAGUCGAAGGAGGCAGUUCGAUAGAUACGUGCGUCAGUUCCUCGAAUGAUCUCACCCUCUCCGUCAAUGGUUUCCUCAAGACAGAUGAUGAUCUCAAGUCCCAAUCUUGUGCAAGUAUCGAACUAUCCGAUGAAGUGCCAGAGUUCGUUUGCGCUAAACUGUGUGCCCUCAUCAAAGCCCAAAUGGUCAUUGCUCUUCAAGAGAUCAACAAUCGCUUCAGUCAGCCAUCCAAUGGCCUCAAUGAAGUGAUCAUUGAGGAGUGUGAUAUGUGCAUUCCUGGAGUCGACAGUAUUCCCAAUGAGCCUGUGGAGUUGGGAGAAAUAGCUGAGGCUAUGCCAAUUGUCACGACUGAAGUGGAUCUCAAUAGUUCGCUGAGUGAGGCUGAUGCAGGUUCAAUUACUGCAGCUCCGGUGCCUUCUGACUGUUUUGCCAUUUUGGAGACUGCACCAAAUACGCACAAGUACCAUCUCACCAUUUUCCAUCCAACUAAUCCACCGCAAUUCUUCAGGGCCGUGCAAAGGGAGCACAAACUGUUGAGGACGGCACUGCCUUCGGGAGUAUGGGUUCGGGCCUACGAGGACAGAGUUGAUCUCUUUAGUGUUAUGAUUGAGGGUCCCAAAAAUACUCCGUACGAGGACGGAAUGUUCCUAUUUGACAUUCAAUUGUCCGAUGAUUAUCCUCUGAUGCCGCCACUCUGUUACUACAUCAGUUACUGUUCUGACCGUCUCAAUCCCAAUCUCUACGAAGAUGGAAAGGUUUGUGUGUCCCUUCUGGGCACAUGGUCAGGACGUGGAUCGGAAAUCUGGGGUCCUGACAGUUCUCUGCUGCAGGUGAUUGUGUCAAUUCAAGGAUUAAUCCUAGUCGCUGAGCCUUACUACAAUGAAGCCGGUUAUGAGAAGCAGAAGGGCACCCAACAAGGCAUGGAAAAUUCGCGAAUGUACAAUGAAAUGGCAGUUAUUAAGCUUGUGCAGUCGAUGACUAAAUUAAUGUGUUCACCGCCUGAAAUUUUCAAAGAGCAAAUUGUGCGGCAUUUCGAAGAAAAAGGUUUCGCCAUGUACGAGAGAAUCAAAAGUUGGCUCGACUUGUCGAUGGAAAUUGAGAAUUCAGCUGGCAAAAUUGAUCCAGCAAAAUUGGAUGUAGCCAAACCUGAUUUUCCACUAAUUCCGGCAAGUCGUGGCUUUUGUCUCACGCUAGUGAAUUUACUUGAGAGCUUGCGGAAAAAAUUAGAAACAUUGCGUGAACAUUAACCAAUUUUGGUCCAUUUGAAGCCCACCUUUUUAUUUAUCACUAAAGAAAGAAUUAAUAGAUGAUAGCAGGAGAGAAUGAAAAAAAAAAACUUAGAAGAAAAAAAAACUAUAAAAUUAUAUAUUUCUAUAACAAACAAAAAAAAGAAAUUCAAAAGAUAAAAUCUCACU